AUGUGGUACCUAGGCACAAGUAUGUACAACUUGCCAGUCAACGAUGUCCUCGUGGAUGGCGAUGAAGACAUCUUGGCGGACGCGAAAGAGAUCAAUUUCGACUAUGCCAGGAUGUACGACGAUCCCGCGAUGAUCCUCAAGAAACACGGGGGCUGGGCCCUGGGAAAGGCAACUCCCCUGCUGACCAAGAAGGAUCAGUUGGUGAUGCGGCUUACAGGAUGUACGCUGGAUCAACUGCUAGCCGGACGAGAUGUACCCGACUCCCCCCGCUCGAAGUCGGCGGCGCUCGAGGCGCAGCCAAGCUUUGCGGCGCAGCCAAUCUUUGCGGCGCAGCAGAGCUUUGCGGCGCAGCAGAGCUUUGCCAUGGAGGAGGAGAAGCCGAAGGAGGCAGAGGAGGAGGAGGAGGAGGAAGAGGACGCCGAGGCUAAGGAGGACAGCGAGGGCAGCGGCUCCCACGCCUCGGAUUACAAGAUUGACCCCGAGCAUCCCAAGAUCGUUCCCUUCGGCCUGGCGCUCUCAGUGGUUUCGGAUGAGGACAUCCAGGUCAUGGCCGUCAAGUGGAGCAGGUAUUCAUCUUGGCCCUGUUCCGGCGCUGACACAUGCUUCUGGGAUCCCAUGGAUGGAAACGUCGCCAUCAUGGAUGAGACCAAGGCUGCGCCAGAGCCGGUCGUGGAGCUUGCAGCGGAUGCUGCGAACAUGGGCGAGCAAGAUUGCAAGGAUUGCAAUCCUUGCAUCUUCUUCGCCAGUGCCAGGGGCUGCUUGCAUGGUCUCGGCUGCAAGUUUUGCCACAUGCACCUCGCGAAGAGAGAGGGUGCGGCAAAGAAGCGUGCACGGAAGCAGACGCGUGACAAGCUGAAGUCCCAGGUGCUACAGCUCUUAGGGGAGGCCCAAGAGGACAUGCAGGCACAGCAGGACGAGCUUCAGCUCAUGGCCAAGAACAACUCCUUCGUGCGUGCCUUCGCCGUGGCGAACUUCUCGAAGAAGAUCGAGCUCGCAUCCUGCGACCUGGGCGAGUCAAUUGAGGGCACGGGGCUUAAAAAGGAUGAGCCCCAGAACUCCCCAGAUCUGAACGGGCUCACACAAGCCGUCAUUAGCUCGAAUUGGCUCUAA